CUCAUUGUGUCUGCUUCUAGGCCAUGCACAGAUUGUCCAUCUCCUUUUAGAAAGAAAUAAGUCUGGAACUAUCCCAUCUGAUAGCCAAGGAGCAACACCCAUGCACUAUGCAGCCCAGAGUAACUUUGCUGAAACUGUUCAAGUAUUUUUAAAACACCCUUCGGUGAAAGAUGAUUCAGAUCUCGAAGGACGAACAUCCUUUAUGUGGGCCGCUGGGAAAGGCAGUGAUGAUGUCCUUAGGACUAUGCUGAGUUUAAAAGCUGACAUUGAUAUUAACAUGGCAGACAAGUAUGGAGGUACAGCUUUACAUGCUGCCGCCCUUUCUGGCCACGUCAGCACCGUGAAGUUAUUACUGGAAAACAAUGCUCAAGUAGAUGCUACAGAUGUCAUGAAACAUACUCCACUUUUCCGAGCCUGUGAGAUGGGACACAAAGAUGUGAUCCAGACACUUAUUAAAGGUGGAGCAAGGGUAGAUCUAGUUGACCAAGAUGGACAUUCUCUUUUACACUGGGCAGCACUGGGAGGAAAUGCUGACGUUUGCCAGAUACUAAUAGAAAAUAAGAUCAAUCCAAAUGUUCAAGAUUAUGCAGGACGCACCCCUUUGCAGUGUGCUGCAUAUGGGGGAUACAUCAACUGCAUGGCAGUGCUCAUGGAAAAUAAUGCAGACCCUAACAUUCAAGACAAAGAGGGAAGAACAGCUUUGCACUGGUCCUGUAACAAUGGAUAUCUUGAUGCCAUUAAGUUACUACUAGACUUUGCUGCUUUCCCUAAUCAGAUGGAAAACAAUGAGGAGAGGUACACUCCCCUUGAUUAUGCUCUGCUUGGUGAGCGCCAUGAAGUGAUCCAGUUCAUGUUGGAGCGUGGAGCCCUGUCCAUCGCAGCUAUUCAAGACAUUGCUGCCUUCAAAAUCCAAGCUGUCUACAAAGGAUAUAAGGUCAGAAAAGCUUUUCGAGACCGGAAGAAUCUCCUCAUGAAGCAUGAACAGUUGAGAAAAGAUGCUGCUGCCAAGAAGCGAGAGGAAGAAAACAAGCGAAGAGAAGCAGAGCAGCAGAAGGGACGGCUGAGCCCAGAUUCCUCCAGACCCCAAGCCCCUCCCUGUCUGCCCAGCACCCAGGCCGAGCCCCCCAGGCAGGGCAGGACCCCCAGCAAACAGCCUCCCACCAGCGACAUGGCCCAGGGCCCUGAGCACAGGGCCUGCAGAGGGUCUCCAGGCAGAGAGUCUCCAAGCAGAGCUCCCCAGAAGGAGCAGCAUCUUUCCCCAGACUUGCAGGGAACAGACCCCAGAAAGCCAAAUGAAACAUCAAGGGAACAGUGUAAAGGCCAAUCUGCCUGUGUCCACGUCAGCCCCAGUGAAGGCAGUGAUGGAAACAGGCAUCCAGGAGUCUCCUCUGUUGAGAAGUCCAGAGGUGAGGCGGUUGGAGAACAGCGGUGUGACAAGGGGAAAGGCUUCUUGAAGCAGCCCUCUUGUGUCAGGGCAGCUGGGCCUGAUGAGAAAGGAGAGGACCCUAGUUGGGCAGCUGCAAGCCUUCCACAGCAAGAUGGCCACUGGAAGACCAGCAGGCGGCACAACACAGCACCCAAAGCCAAAUGUGCCUCCCAGAAAAGGCGUAUUCAAGAGCUCAGAGGAGGAAGGUGCUCCCCAGCUGGCUCUAGUCGGCCUGGCAGUGCCAAGGGGGAGGUGGUCCAUGAUGGGCAGAAUCCUCUCCACCACCAGACACCAAGAAACAAAGUGACACAGGACAAGCUCGAAGGAAGGAUCUAUUCACAUUUGCCACAGACCACAGAGGUGUUGAGGUCAGGAGUCAGGAAGCUGGGGACAUCUGCCCUCUCUGAGGACGCUCAGAUAUCCAAAGAGACUGAUGCAGCACCUGGUCCCCGCUCUGGGCAGAGUGUGAAUAUUGACCUUCUCCCUGUAGAGCUGCGGCUGCAGAUAAUCCAGAAGGAAAGAAGCAGGAAAGAGCUGUUUCGCAAAAAGAACAAAGCAGCAGCCAUCAUCCAGUGGGCCUGGAGAAGCUAUCAGCUUAGGAAGCAUCUGUCCUGCCUUCUGUCUAUGAAGCAGCAUGGAGCCAGAGAUGUAGACAAAUGGAAUCAAGAGUGCAUGGCAUUGCUCCUCCAGGUGUGGAAGAAGGACCUGGAACUAAAACUCCCAAAGACAAUCACAGUAAGCUGGACCCCCAAGACUCCUUCCAAGGUCAACUCAAGCACAAAGUCCACCAGGCACUUGGUACUCAAGCAAAUCUACGGUUGUUCUCAGGAAGGGAAAGUACUUCAUCCUACAAGAUCAUCAAAAGCCCAUUCUGUGCUGCAUCUCAAUUCAGUGAGCAAUUUGCAGUGUAUGCACCUCCUUGAGAACAAUGGAAGAUCAAAGAAUUUUUCUUAUAACCUGCAGUCAUCCACUCAACCAAAAAAACAAAACAAAGCUUCAAGUGCCUAUGGAGGAAAACUGUGUCCAGGGAAGCUGUAAUAGAUAGUACAGAGUUCUAAUUCUCUGCUGAUUAUCUUUUAGACUUUGGGAAAAUGUUAAUAUUCAUGCUUUAAGCCCUAUUAGAGUGAAAAUGUAACAACUGAAAGAAAAGUCAGAACGUGUUCUGUCUGAUCUUACACAGCACUGUUUUGUAAAUUAUGUUAGUCUGUGCUGAAAGGACUGGGACAGACUGUGCCUGUGCAGAACUGCAGUUUGCCUCCACUUUGGUCAGUAUGGCUAGAAAGAAUUUAUAAUUAACAGUACAGUCUAAGUGAAUGUAAGAAUAUGAGUGCCAAAGGGGCUGCUAGUUUGGGAUCUCUGCCAGCCAGCUGGUGCAGGCCUGGUUUUUUUGCUCCAGUGAAGAACCUAAGUAAGAUAGGAGGGGACUGGGUUACAGUAGCCACCUUCUUCCUUUCACUACUUUUUAUGAAAUCUAAUGCAACAGACUUGACUACAGUGACUACACUGCUGUUAUUCCAACAUUAUCAGUUUUAAAUUUUAGACCAGAAUCAUGACUCAGCAUUUGCUGUUAGAAACUGUCUUAAGAUCGUAAUAGGUCUGUAACAGCUUCCAUGUUAGCCUCGGAAUGUAGGCUAGGCAGAUUUACAAACCAGACCGUUUGUGCACAAGGUACCAAUUCUGGCUUUAACAUUCCACUUGUAUUUUCUGCCUGACCUGCAGAGGUGAACAAUCUUGUCAAAAUGCCAUUCCUACUGGCAGGGAAAACUGUGCUAACUGUUUACAUUCCAGCCCUUUAAUACCUGGUUUAAAUAAAAUCCAGUGAUUGCGGGCUUUUUCACAUUUUUAAGGGCAAGGCUACUACAGGAAUAUAGACAGGAAGCACAAACAGUAACAUGUUAGGCUCACAAAUACUUCUAGGAUUGCUUCCAUUUUCUUAAGAUUAUCAUUACCACUGUCCUGCCAAGAGGUAAACAAUAAAGUGUUAAUUAUCAUUCUUUUUAGCUUGCUGUUACUUUAUAAUUAUGAACAUAAUGAAUAUAUGUCAUAUAUGUCACUAUACAUAGCUGGUAACUUUUAAAGAACUCUAAUGGAUCUAAUGGAUCUUUAGUAGACAAUCAUUUUGAAAGUAAAGUUAUUUAUAUCAGUCAAGCACCAUUUAGAUAUGGGAAAACCCAAAAGAACUAUAUAGCACCAUUUUGAAAUCUGCCCCUGCAUGGGCUAGAACACCUCUGUGACAGACCUCCAUAGUGAGAAGCUGAAUGUUAUGAUGGGUAAGCAUAACCAUUCCCAAAUAAAAAACUGGUGUCUGUUGCCAUCUGAAUGAACUGGAGUUGAGAACACAAAGAUGCCACUCAUUUCUUGGUAAAUAAUAGAAAGUAUCAUAUUAUCACUCUACUUUGUAAAUAUUUAGUUCCUCUGAAAUGCAAAAUAAACCAACACCUCUAACCUUAUAUCAUGUGCUAGUCCAGGAAACCAGCAUGCAUUAUUUUCCUACCUUAGUGCAACGAAGGUUCAUGAACAACUUCUUUAAAAGUUUACCUUUAAUGACAAACAUUUAUUACAUCAGUCUCUCUUCAAAAUUAGAUAGCUGUGAAUAAACAAUUUAAAACA